AUGGAUAACAGCGGUAAAAAAACCAGAGAUAAAAUGAACGAUAAUGGAAGCGAAUUGACCAUUGAAAUUAAAAGAGAUGAAUCUUUUGAGAAAAAUAGUAGAGUCGAAGCUGAUAAAGGCCGAAGUAUUGCGAAGAUAGCCCUGGUUGUUGAAAACGAAGAUAAUGACGAAAAGAUCGUCAUUGGAGAAGAUCGUAGAGCAGAAUUAAAAAGAAUAAAUACCCAGAGAACGAACCCAAUGCAACGAACAGAAGACUAUCAAAGAUCGACUGAAAUAUAUAUAAAUAUCGAAAUUGAUUUGAGAUCGAAACGAAUAAAAGACCCGAUAGAAAAGAAACCUAGAUCGUGCAUGCGAAGACUAGAUAAAAAGAGUAGAGAAAUUAAGAAUAACCUGAAAGCAAAUAAAACAGCAGAACCGUAA